AUGAAUAAAGAAAAAUGUGUAGAGAGUUUAAAAAAGGAUAAAAUAAAAAAUGUGGAUGAUAUAAAUGAAAGGAUAAUAAAUAAAGAAAGAAAAGAUAUGAUACCAUUAUAUACAUUUGAUGAAAAAAAAAAUAAUAAUAUGGAUAUAAAAAAAAGUAAUAACAAUAAUGAUAAUAAUAUGAAGGCUUGUAAUGAUAAUAUAAUAAAUGAAAAGAAUUAUAUGAAUAAUAAAAAGAAAGGUAAUAAAAGAACUGGUAUCCCUUUAAAUGAAAGAAAAUAUUAUCGUAUCCUUGCAAAACAAAUGAUAAAAAUUCAAGGAUUAACAUUUGAUCAUAAUCAAAUAAGAUGGAUAGCAUAUUGGAAGAAUGAAAAUAAUAAACAAAUACAAAAACAUUUCCCUGUAUGUAAAUUUGGAUUUUAUAAAGCUAGACAGCUAGCUCUAGAAUUUCGUGAUUUAAAAAUUAAGGACAAAAAUAAAAAUACAAACAAUAAUAUGAAGAAUAAUAUGGAAAAUAAUAUGAAGAAUAAUAUGGAAAAUAAUAUUAACAAUAAUACAAAUAAUAAUACAAACAAUAAUACAAACAACCAUAUUAACAAUUAUAUAUAUAACAAGAUUGAUAAUUGUUAUAUUAAAAAAAAAGAUAAAAAUAAAAAAUGUGUUAUAAACAUAAAAAAUCAAUAUAAUCAAAAUGGAAUUCAACACAUUAAUAAUUACCCUCAAGACAUAAAUAUAAAUCAUAUGAACUUUAAUAUUGAUAAUAAUAUAUUUAAUGGUCUACAUAAUAAUUCUUUAUCUCAAGUAAUUUUAUGUAAGAACAAAGAAGAUAUAUAUUAUAAUGAGGAAAAAGAAAAAGAGAUAUCCUCAACAAAUAUAUUAUCAAGAAAUAUAAUACAGAAUGAAGAAAAUAAUAUAUAUAUAUCUGACCAUAAUAAUAAUAAUAAUAAUAAUAAUACUUGUUAUUAUAAUAAUAACUAUUAUGUAUAUUCAUAUAAUUUACAUAACAAUAUAUAUAACCACUUUGAAGAGAAAAAAAAAUCAAAUAAUAUCAUAUAUAAUUUUGAAGGGUGUGAUAAGGAUUAUAUAAAAUAUGAUAGAAAAAAUAUGGAAAAUAUUUAUUUACAAAAUUGUGGCAAUGACAAAAAUAAUAUCAAUAAAUCAUUUGAUAAUAUAAAAUAUAUGUAUGAAAAGGGUAUAUAUGACAAUACACAUAUUGGAUAUAAUAAUUAUGAUGAUAAUAAUAAUAAUAAUAAUGAUAAUUAUUAUUAUUAUAAUUAUGUUAUUCCUUAUACUUUAAACCCUAAUGAGAAGAAUAUAAAUAAUUAUAAUUUACCUUUCUCUUAUAAUACUAUGCAAAAUUAUGCUCCCCUUGAAAAUGUAGAUGAUUCAAUGAUGCAUGCAUAUAUACCAUCAUAUGAAAAAGGUGAAAUACCAAUAAAUUGUGAAAUGAUUACAAAUAAUUAUAAAAAUAAUAAUAAUUAUUAUCAUAAUAAUAAUAAUAUUUAUAAUUAUUAUCAUCCCUCUGAUGAUAUGUCCUGCACAUAUAUGACACAAGAACAUUUAUUAAAAAAUAUUAAAGCCAAUAAUAUUAUGAAUAGAAAUAACGAUAAUGAAAAUAUAAAAAACAAUUUGUAUAGCAACAACAAAAAUGAAAAAGACUCAUUAUCUUAUAUGUUAACAAGAACAUCAACUUCUUCACAUUUGUCAGAGAAUUUAAAUAUAUUUAUAAAAAAUAAUAAAAAUAUGUCUUUUGAAAAUGAUACUACAAAAAGUAAUAUAUAUAUGAACGAUGAGAAAUUCCUUUUAGUAUCAAACGAUAAUUCUCAUAUAUUAAAAAAAUUAUGUAUUCAUAAUGAUGAAAAAAGUAAUAAAAAAAAUAAAAAUAAAAAUAAAAAUAAAUUAUCUCAUCAUGAAAUAAAUAAAAUGAAUAUACAAAAUGAUGAAAUGUCAAAUGGUUCGAUUAUGAAAUGUGAAAAUAUAAAAUAUAAUAAAUUAAAGAGUGAGAAACUAACUCAUAUAAAUUAUGAAAAAAAAAAUGAGAAUGAUAUAAUAAAAGUGGAUAGUAUAAACAAUAUAUAUUCAUAUCAAAAAUGUAUGCAAAAUGAGUUAUAUAAAACUAAUUUUGAUAAUAAAGAAAAAAUGCAAUAUAAUGAAGAGGAAAAAAAAAAUGUAAGUGAUAUAAUGGAAGGAGGAAAAAAUAAACAACAUAUUUAUAAUAAUGAAAAUAUUUAUAAUAAUAGAAAUAUUUAUAAUAAUUAUGAUAAGGUGAAUGGAAGGAUGAAUAAUAUGUCUGAUCAAAAUAAAUUAUCCAAAGAAAAUGUUUCAAAUAUAGAUGGUGACAUUACAUUAAUAAAUAAAAAUGACGAUUCUUAUAAUAAUGAUAUUAAUCAUAUUCAUAAUAUAUGUGAUAUGGAUAAUCUUUAUAAUAAUUCUAUUUCUUAUAAAAAUAUAAAGAAAAGUGAAAAAUACAAAAAUAAAAAAAAUAAUAAUAAUAAUAAAAAUAAUUAUAUGGAUAAUAAAAAAUAUAUAAAGAAAAAAUGUAUCAAAUGUAUAAAAAUGAAAAAUAUUUCUUAUAAUCUUGAUGAUGUAAAAGAAAAUGAUAAAGAUCAAGAAAAUAUAACAAAUUUCUAUAAUGAGAUGAUGAGAAUGCCAAAAAUGAAAGGUGUUCAUUUUGAUACUAGACAAAAAAGAUGGUGUGCUUAUGGUUAUAAAAAAAAAGAAUGUUUUUCUGUUUAUCGUUAUGGUUUUUUAGUAGCACGUGAAUUAGCUAUAAGAAGUAGAUUAAAAGUACAAAAGAAAAAAAAUAAUUUAAAAUUAAAAAAAAUUAAUAUUCCACAAAAUGAAAAAAAAACAGAAAAGCAAAAAAAUUUACAUUUUAAAAAUAUUUCACAAAUAAAAAAUAAUUAUUGUAAUAAAAUAUGUCACGAAAAUUAUAAUAAUAAUAAUAAUAAUAUAAAUAAUAUUGGAAAUUAUUAUAGACCUGAUAUAAAUAUAUAUUCUUAUGACAAUAAAUUGAUCAACGAUAAGAUCUAUCUUAAUAAUAUUCAUGAUGAAAAUUUUAAUUACAUAAAAAAUAAUUACAAAGAUAUUUAUAAUAAUGGUAAUAUUUAUAAUAAUAGUAAUAUUUAUAAUAAUGGUAAUAUUUAUAAUAAUAAUAUUUAUAACAGUUAUGAAGAUAAUUAUAAUAAUAUGAAGAUCAUUCAAAAUAUAACAGAUAAGAUCAAUAUCAAUCAUACAACUCAUAUCCCAAUGAAUAUACAACAUCAUGUUCAUUAUAAGGAUGAUGAACAGAGAAAUUAUUAUAAAUGCAAUAAUAAUAUAAAUAAUAUAUAUAAUAUAAAUAAUAUAUAUAAUGUAAAUAAUAAAAAUGAACAAUAUUGUAAUAACAAUCAAUAUUAUAAAAACUAUAAUAUUCAACAAAUUGAUCAGUCAUAUAAUAUGAAUUUAAGUGAAGAACAAAAUAAAUUUAUAUAUUACAAAAAUUUAAAUAAACAAAAAUUUUCUAAUCAUGAUAUAUAUUAUAAUAUAAAAAAUAAUACAGAAGAAGACAAUAUUUACAUAAAUAUAAAUAACCAAUUUAAUAAUCACUUACAAAAUUUUUAUACUUGUAAAAAUUUGUUUCAUAUAAAGGAGACUAAUCAAAAUAUUCAUCGAAUACAAGAUAUAAAUAAUAAAAAUGACACGCUUUUAUUUUUAAAUAACAUAAAUAAUGAUGACAAUAAGUAUGUUAUAGAUAGUUAUAAAGAAAAAGAUGAUAUAAAUGAAAAAUAUACAAAUGAAAAAUAUAUAAAUGAAUAUAAAAUAAAAAAUGGAUUACAAAAUGGAAAUACCAGUUUUGAAUAUAUGGAUAAUAUGAAUAAUAAUAUCAUACAAUGUGAUAAUAAAACUGAGGAGUUUUUAUUUUUGAAUCAUAAAAAUAAAGAAAAAUAUAAUACUACUUAUAAUUUGCAUAAUACAAAUGAUCUAAAUGAUGAUAAUUAUUGUAAGUUAUAUGUAUCGAAACAAUUAAAAAAAAAAGAUGAAUAUUUUCAGGAUAAACUAAUAAAUGAAGAUUUAAAGGAUGAGUUAUUUUUUUUAAAAAAUGAAAAUUACUCUGUAGAAAAAUAUACAGAAGAUAUGAUUAAUAAUAAAGAAAAAAAAGAAACACAUUUCACCAUAAAUAAUUAUAACACAAAUAAAAAAAAUAAAGAUAAUCAUAUUAUAAAUAAUUCAUAUAAAAAUAUAAAGGAUAGUAUUAUUCAUUUAUAUAAUAUAAAUGAAUUGAAAAAGGAUAAUUUAUAUACAACUCAUGAUACAAAGAAUUUAGUACUAAGAAAAAUAAAUAUAUUAAAAGAAUUUGAUCAUAAAUUUUUAUCUCCUGGAAUGGAACAUAUAAAUAUACAUGAUGAUAUCAUAAAAAAGAAUAAACAUUACAAUUUUAGGUAUGAAGAAAUUAUUCAUAAAUAUUGUUUGAGUAUUUUUAAAAAGAUUAACAUUAGUAAUUUUUUUAAGGAUAAUGAGAAGCGUAUUCUUCUAAUGAAAAAUUAUUGGGAAUAUAGUAUAUUAACACUACAUGAUUUCAACGUAAAUAUGGUACAUGACAUGCCACCAUGUUUGAACUUUAGAAAAAUAAUUUAUAAAUAUUUGAUUUUAGAAUUAUUUACAAAUGCUUAUAGCUGUAAUUUUCUUACAUGCAUUGAAAAGGGAACAACUUUUUUAAUUUCACAUAUAAACAAAGAUAUGGAAAAAGAAAUAAUCCAAAAGAAAUCAAGAAAAUAUAUAAAAUUAAUGAAAAAAGUACAGAUAUAUCAUUUAAAUAUGAUUGAUAAUAUAUAUAAUUUAAAAUCUAUACAAUUAUAUACAAACAUUCUUAUAACAUGUUUAGUACAAAACAAAACAUCAAGCAACUUAUCAUUUAAAGACCAAGAAAUGUUAUUAAGAUCUCUACUCUUUUUUUAUUUUAAAAAAGAUUUUAUAUGA